GCGGAAAACUUUUCUGAGUGUGAGAGUGUGAGAGUGGCGCUGCUGCGAGCAGAGCAGGGGUGUGAGAGAGUGAGUGUGAGGAGAAAGCUGAGGCUCAGGCGGUCUGAGAUGUAGCUCUGCGCUUUUGCACUUCUAACAGUGGAACAGACGGCAGAGGCGCCUCCAGCUCUGAGUCUCUGAACUCCUGACUCGGUCUCAGUCUCUGCCUUCUUGGUUGGUCAUGGCUGGGUUCAGUGCCCUUCUACUGUUUCUGCUGAGUGUCCGGGGCUCGUUUUCCUCUCCCUUCCCCGUGGCCGGUCAGGAGGAGACGUGUGAGGCGAACGGCUCGGUGUACUAUGUGGGUGAGUGGUACUUUCUGGACUCUGACCACUGCAGUCAGUGCGAGUGCACGGCUCUGGGCUCGGUGUGCUCGCGGACGGAGUGCACGGCUCUGCCCGCCGCCUGCAUCCACGUGAGCCAUUACCCAAGCGACUGCUGCCCGCGCUGCGAGAGGAUAGGCUGCGAGUACCGGGGAGAAGUGUACGAGCUGGGCCAGACCUUCCAGCCAUCAGAAUGUGAGCAGUGUACCUGUGACAGUGAUGGCAUUGCCAGGUGCCUGGUAGCAGACUGCGCCCCUCCACCCUGUGUAAACCCUGUCUUUCAACCUGGAAAAUGUUGCCCAGACUGCAAAGAUGGUCCCAACUGCUAUGUGGAUGCCUCUAGGACCAAGAUAAUCCCUGGAGGAGAGCCAGUGUGGGUGGAUUCCUGCACCAAGUGCCGCUGCCAUGAUGGUCAGGAUGCAGGCUACUGGGAGGGCAACCGACUUGCCACCUGCACCCGUCUCCGCAACUGCACGCCGAGCAGCAGGCUCAACUGAUCCAGCAAGUUUCCCAGCAGAUAGCAGAGUAAAGCCCACCAAGCCCAACAGUGUUAAAGUGAUAGUUUAGCAAACAAUAUUUGACAAGACAUAUUUGACGUCCAAAUGAAAUUUGUUUCUUUAGUUUUACAUUGGAGCUAAUGUAGCUAACAAAUGAUAAAUGUUUACCUGCAAACCCAGUUGCCUCAAAUGGUCAAGUUGCUAAUCUUAUAAAGUUCAAAUCUCAAAAAGAC